CCACAUCGAUUUCUCCGUUUAUUUUCCUUAUCUUCGAUGGAGAAUCCUCUGCGCCUGAAGUCAUUGAACCACGUUUCUUUACUUUGUAGAGACCUUGAGAAAUCUCUUGAUUUCUACCAGAAUGUUAUUGGGUUCUUCCCUGUCAGACGCCCUGGUUCUUUCAACUUCCAUGGUGCAUGGCUGUUCAAUUAUGGCAUUGGCAUACACCUCCUGCAAUCUGAAAACCCUGAUAACAUGCGCAAGAUUGGCCGCAUCAACCCCAAAGAUAAUCACAUUUCCUUCCAGUGCGAAGGCAUGGCAACAGUGGAGAACAAAUUGAAGGAAAUGAACAUAGAGUGCGUUAAAGGCAGAGUGGAGGAGGGUGGAAUCGUGGUCGAUCAACUCUUUUUUCACGACCCAGAUGGGAACAUGAUCGAGAUUUGUAACUGCGAUGAUCUCCCUGUAAUUCCCUUGCCGGGAUCUGGAGAUACCAUACAAUCAUGUUCCCUGAUCAGUUGCAAUAUUCUACAGCAGCAGCAACAACAGCAACAGCAACAUAUUCAACAAAUAGCACAAUAA